CCCGCGCUCGUGUCUUCCGCUGCCGCCCGAGACGAACGCGAGCCACUCGCUCCCAAAUCCGCAAGGCUUGGCUGGCUGGCUCCCCGCGGCCUCGCCGUCCGGCCAUGCUCGCGGCGGCCGUCGCGUCGAGCUCCGGCCCCUCCGCCGCUUCAUCCUCCUCCUUCUCCUCCUUUGCUCCGAACCCGACAGCGCGAGACCCGCUUAGGAGGAGGCGCACUCCUGCUCCACUUCAGCUUGGGCCAGCCGCCACUAACUGUAACCGCCAAGUGCGCGGCCGCACCGCGACCAGUCUCCGGCCUCGCGACCAGUUCGUGAACCCUCCUGCUCUUCGGACCCGAUUCGCGGCGGCGGCGGGAGCGGAAGCGGAAGAGAUGGCCGCGGAGGGGAGUGCUGCGGCGACGGAGGCCAAGCCCUUCGCCGUCCUCUUCGUCUGCCUCGGGAACAUCUGUAGGAGCCCUGCAGCUGAGGCGGUCUUCCGGAACCUUGUAAGCAAGCGUGGGCUGGAUUCCAAGUUUCACAUAGACUCUGCCGGUACCAUCGGUUAUCAUGAGGGUAAUAAGGCAGACUCAAGGAUGACAUCAGCUUCCAAGAAGCGGGGCAUUGAGGUGACCUCAAUAUCCAGGCCAAUUAAACCCUCAGACUUCCGAGAUUUCGAUCUUAUCCUUGCAAUGGACAAGCAGAAUUAUGAAGAUAUAUUGAGUUCAUUUGAGAGAUGGCAACACAAGGAGCCCCUCCCAGACAGUGGACCCAAGAAGGUUAAGCUGAUGUGCUCCUAUUGCAAGCGACACACUGAGUCGGAAGUCCCAGAUCCUUAUUAUGGAGGCUCCAAGGGAUUUGAAAAGGUACUGGAUCUGCUGGAAGAUGCAUGCGAGUCGUUACUCGACGACAUCCUGGCGGGGAAUGCAAAUAUUUCUGCUUGAUCUCGGAAUGAAGCGUACGAGCGUCAACACUGUUUGUUGAGACCUGGGUUGGACUGGAAAGGGGUCCUGUACCAUAGCAGUCGAUCAUUUGAUUUGCAGCAGCUUCAGCCACAACACAACACAUAUGUGGAUUAGCUUCUUGUUUUCCGUCAUAAUCAGAAAUCAUUCAAAGGCCAUCAUGUCUGGUAAAAUUUGUCCCCUGGUAGGAUAUAUAUGUUUCACAUUUGCCUCUUUUCA